UUUCACAAAUAUAAGAUGGCAUGUGUACAGGAGGAUGUUAUCCACAAAGAAUAACGAGGAACCACUAGUAUUUCAGAGAAAUAUCAUCCACCGGCUCACAUUCUCCUUGUAUAUUAUUUUUUAACUGGCUGCUGUAAGGCCUGCCCUUCCUUUCAACCAUGAAUAUCCCAACUUCCCAACAUUCAUUUAAGUGGUUCCCAUAAAUUCUUCCAAUUCUAAGGUACUAGGUAAUGAGAUUCUUAUUUGUAAAAUGAACGUUAUCCUGAAUCAAUACAUUUCGUGAAACCCAUUUAGUCUUCUCUGUAUAUAAUUGUAGAGGAGCAAUAAUAUUAUUGCCUGUGACUUCAAAAAUUGAGCUACAGAUGACAAGGUUGGCUUGGAACUUACAACUAAAAGGGCGAAAGAAUAUGCUCACAUUUGUACAUUAUUGCCCAGGGAAAGCAACUGCUGCUGUUAGAUCCCUACCAAUUAAUUCUUAUAAUCCACUGGGUAUUGUGAAACCCAAUGGGAAAUCCCAAAUGGCGUUUGCUGGAUAUGAAAUAAGUCUUUCACAUUCAAAAGGAAAUAGCAACUCAUCUUGUUUAAACAGAAACAAAACAAGCAUUACACCAUUUUACCUUUUACCCAUAUUAAAUGGGCACAAGAAUCUGAGAGCAACACUGUCUUCAUUUGCUGAAGGAGAUAACAUAGAUGAAAAUGUAAAAGAUGAAAUCCUUCAUGAGCAGGGGUCUGAGAAUAAUGAUAAUGAAGGUGCCAAGAAUGGACUAUUGCAGGGAAUGGCAGAAGCCUUCAAUAUAUCACCUGAAACGGCCUACGGUAUUACAGGAGGAAUAGUCUUGAUUGCUUUGUUUUUUCCUGUUUGUAUGCAACCUGUGACAGCAGCCAAUCCUCUGAAAUUCAAGCUCCUUUCAUACUUGAUAUUGCUAUGUGGGUUUUACAUGGCAUGGAACAUUGGUGCCAAUGAUGUGGCCAAUGCCAUGGGCACAUCAGUGGGUUCGGGAGCACUCACACUUAGACAGGCUGUGGUAACGGCUGCGGUACUUGAAUUCUCCGGAGCCCUUUUAGUGGGUUCUCAUGUCACCCACACCAUGCAGAAUGGUAUUCUUACCCCUGGGGCUUUCAAUGGAAGAGAUGCACUGCUCUUCUCUGGUUUUUUUUCAUCUUUGGCAGCUGCUGGAACAUGGCUCCAGGUGGCUUCUUACUAUGGAUUGCCAGUUUCAACAACUCAUUGUAUAAUUGGUGCAAUGGUUGGAUUUGGUUUAGUUUAUGGAGGAGCAUCUGCUGUCCGUUGGUGGUCACUUGCAAGAGUAGUUUCUUCAUGGAUUAUAUCUCCUCUUCUUGGUUCUGCAGGUGCAUUUAUCAUCUACAUGUGCAUAAGACGGUUUGUAUACAGUGCCCCAAACCCAGCACAGGCAGCAGUAAAAGCAGCUCCGACAAUAGUAUUUUUGGGAGUUACAGCACUUUCUUUAACUUGUUUUCCCAGUGACUUGGGUGCAAUCUUCCGUUUUGCAGCUGCCUUGGCUCUCGGUGCUUUGGGUGCACUACUAGUGUAUUUUACCAUUCAGAGGCAGCUUGGACAACUAAUUGGAGAGUACUGUGAGAUCCCUGCAGCGAGCAAUUCCUCUGAUAAGAAGUUGAGUCCAUUUAAUCUGUUAGCGAAAGUAGGGGGUCCUAGCGGCACCCAGCUGAGGAUUGUCUAUGCUGUUUUUGGCUACAUGCAAAUACUGUCAGCUUGUUUUAUGUCCUUUGCUCAUGGAGCCAAUGAUGUUGCAAAUGCAAUUGGGCCUAUCUCAUCUGCUUUGGCAAUUCUUCCAGGUCAAGUCUUAAGAAAUGAUUCAACAGUGUCUGUUACAAUACUUCUUUGGGGAGGAUUUGGUAUAGUAGCGGGUUUGCUAAUAUGGGGUUACCGUGUGAUUGGAACCAUUGGGAAAAAAAUCACUGAAUUAACUCCAACUAGAGGAUUUGCAGCUGAAUUUGCGGCUGCAACAGUAGUAACAGUUGCAUCAAGAUUUGGGCUUCCAAUUUCUGCAACACACACACUAGUGGGGGCGGUCAUGGGAGUUGGAUUUGCCAGAGGUUUAAAGAAUGUUGAUUCUGAAAUAGUGAAAGAAAUUGUAGCAUCAUGGGUAGUUACUAUUCCUCUGGGAGCAUUACUCUCUAUAGCAUACACUUUCAUACUGUCCAGAGUUCUCCCUGCUUUGUGGUGAUUAAAAACUUAGUUGAAUCUUCAAAACGCUGGAAUUAUCUUCAGAACUUUUAGACAUGGAACUGCUGCAGAGAGAUUGCCAGUAACAGCUGCUUCAAAGACGUCAACUUGCAAUCUUCUACCCAGACAUUGUACAAUAAAUUACUUUAGUGGCUGAAGGGCUCUUCAGAUUGUGCAGACAGUUGCAAAUAAUGGCAAUGUAUUAUAAUCCUACUAGGAAUCCCUAGUCAUUUAUCGACUUUCUCAAAUCGAGAUUUGAAAAAGUAGAUUACCAAAGAUUGUGCUUUCUGAUUAUUCUACCUCUAAUCUAAACGGAUAAAAUCACAAGAGAGUUAUCCGCCUGGAAUGCGAAAGUAGAAUGAAUACUUACAUUAUAAUGGGCAUCUAAUUUGGAUAACUGAAAUAUCCAUGAAGCUUAAACUUUCUUUGGCGAUUUUUUAUACUGAAACUAGGCCUAGCCAUUUUCCUUGA